AAAGGCUUGCUUGUCUACUAGUCACGUGAACUAGUCCCAUGCCCCUCCCACGUUUUUGUUGUGAAGCUCGUUUCCCCACAUUCUGAUGUGCCGACCGAAUCUUCGCUGAUACUGACAGCCUCUCGAAAUCUUCAAAACUCUGCCAACAGGCGGUAGACGCUUCCAAAGAAACCUCCUGUCUACGUGAUACAUGAGUAUCUCUAAUCCAAACUGAUGCUCCGUUAAGAAUAAAGGAUGAUUCGUUGGCCGGGUUCCUGAGUUGAAUGUUUCUAGAUGUAAUCACAGGAAGUGCAUCGCGUUCUUGAGAACGAAUAACUCGUGCUGCCUGGCUGUAGCUAUACUCACACUUCACGCAUUCAUCUGGCGGUAAUAACUUAGAAGAUGGCUUACGGACUCGACGACAUUGAUCUGGCAGCUCUAAAGGAUCCGGCUGGGAUCUUCGACUUGGUAGAAGUUGUUGGAAAUGGAACUUAUGGCCAAGUUCAUAAGGGAAGACAUAAAAGAACUGGCCAACUUACUGCGAUCAAAAUCAUGGAUGUCACAGAGGAUGAGGAGGAGGAAAUAAAGCUUGAAAUCAAUGUACUUAGAAAGUUUUCCAAUCACCGAAACAUUGCGACAUACUAUGGAGCUUUUAUCAAAAAGAGUCUCCAAGGACAAGAUGACCAACUUUGGCUUGUAAUGGAAUUCUGUGGUGCUGGUUCAGUGACAGAUCUUGUCAAAACUGCAAGAAAUAAAGCACUCAAAGAAGAAUGGAUAUCUUAUAUUUGCAGAGAAGUCCUCAAUGGUGUAAGUCACUUGCACAUGAACCAUGUAAUACACCGAGACAUCAAAGGACAGAAUGUCCUGCUAACAGAGAGUGCUGAGGUCAAACUAGUUGACUUUGGCGUUAGUGCACAGCUUGACAGAACAAUUGGAAGAAGAAACACUUUCAUUGGAACACCAUAUUGGAUGGCACCAGAAGUGAUUGCUUGUGAUGAACAGCCUGAUGCCACUUAUGACAACAGAUGUGACAUGUGGUCUAUUGGGAUCACUGCAAUAGAGAUGGCAGAGUCACAACCACCUCUGUGUGAUAUGCAUCCUAUGCGAGCAUUGUUCUUGAUACCAAGGAGUGAUCCACCUAAACUCAAGUCCAAAAAGUCUUGGUCCAAGAGGUUCCACCAUUUUGUCAACACCUGUCUAAUCAAGGACUAUCAGCAUCGACCGACGGCAGACCAGCUAUUACAGCAUGAGUUCAUCAAAGAUGUCCGAUCUAGUGAACGCAAAAUUAGGAUUGAAUUAAAAGACUUCAUUGACAGAAUGAGAAAGAAGAAAGGUGAGAGAGGUGGCCCUGUCACUGAGCAUGAUGGAGAGUAUCAGUUCUCAGGCAGUGAUGACGAAGACGAACAGCUUCUUGCAGGGCUUAUCGCUGAGGACAUGGGGCUAGAGAAUUCUCGUUCAACUUUAAGGAGAAAUUUGACACUGAUGCAAGGAGGCACAUAUAAAGCUGGUACCCCUGGUUUCUCUGAGGGUCCUCGGCGCAGAAGUUCUGGCAGCAGUCCUGAAAUGAGCAGGAGAAGGGUAUCAUCAUCUGCCACACCCUACGCAGCUGCCACCGGGGGAUAUGAUAACAUUGAUAUGCCUCCUGUAUACAGUGUGGACGCUAGUCAAGACAGCUUCAACACCCUUACACCCUCGGAUAACUCCCAGGCUGGCCAUGCGCACAGAGCUGGGUCUGUAGCGGAUGAACAAUAUGAUGAAAGGACAUUAACUAGACACAAUGACAAUGCCUCGCCUGAAGUUGAGCCAGAAGACUUCAAUACUCUUGUUUGCCGGCAAGAUGAUAAUGACUCCGUGUCGAGUUCAUCAACAGCUAGCCUCCAGGACCCUGGAAGUCCUUCCCGCCCCAUGGGCAACAACCUACCAGAUGUGCUACCUGCCACCCAACAACCUCAGUCACCCCAGUCACCUCAGCAGUCCCCGCAAAUACGAUCACUACAGAAUUCUCCUGAACCCCAGUCUUCCGACGAAUCCAUCGCUUCUUCAUUCGUUGUUCACGAGCCGCCAAUGAGAAACGAUCGGAAAAUCGUCAAACAGCGGAGCUUCGGGUUUGGUCGGUCCCAGGCCCCCUCUGAAGUCUCGGUCAACCUCGCUCCCGAGAGAACAUCUGUUGCAAGUCAAGAUGAUUUUGCAAUGCCACAGAUUCGUAAAUACAAGUACAAGUUCAGAAGUGAGAUCCUCUGUGGCGCAUUAUGGGGUGUCAACCUUCUAAUAGGCACGGAGACUGGGCUCUAUUUAUUGGACCGAAGCGGCAAUGGAAAAGUCUUCCAGCUGAUUUCUCGGCGUCGUUUCCAGCAGAUUGAUGUUUUAGAAGGCAUUAAUGUUCUUAUCACGAUCAGCGGAAAGCGACAUAAGCUUCGUGUGUAUUAUCUCUCGUGGCUGAAAGCAAAAAUCCUCAAGGGGGAAGAGGCUGAUCACAACCGCAGGCAACGGGGGUACACCACCGUGGGCUCAAUAGAGGGUUGCGUGCAUUAUAAAGUCGUAAAUUUUCACCGAAUCAAAUUCCUCGCGAUGGCGUCACGGAAUCGCAUCGAGGUGUAUGCGUGGGCACCCAAACCUUAUCACAAGUUCAUGGCUUUCAAGUCCUUCCCGGAUCUAAAGCACAACCCUGUUUUACUGAACAUGACGAUUGAGAAAGAAAACAGUAAACUCAAGGUCUGCUACGCGUCGGACAUCGGUUUUCAUUCCGUGGACUUGGAUUCCGCUGCUGUGAGCGACCUCUACAUACCCACCAAGUUACAGGAACGGUUCUAUCCCCACGCGAUCACGCCCUUACCAAGCUCAGGAGGUCGGGAGCUGUUACUGUGCUUCAAUAAUGAGGGGGUGUACGCGGACACGUUUGGUCAACUCGUCAGACAUGCCACCAUGCAGUGGGGGGAGACACCCUACGCUAUAGCUAGCGUAGGCGUUGGCCAGAUUAUGGGCUGGGGCGAGAAAGCCAUCGAAGUGAGAGCUGUGGAGACGGGCUUGCUUGACGGAGUGUUCAUGCAUAAGCGAGCUCAAACCUUCCGCUUCCUGUGCGAGAGAAAUGAAAAGGUAUUUUUCGCGUCUCGGUCGACAUCGAGCGGACAGGUCUAUUUCAUGACUCUAAGCAAACAGUUCAAGAAUUUCGGCUAUUGAUGAUGCACCGUCGAACCUCUGGAAUACUAAAGAAGCCGCUGGGCUCGCUGUAGAACUACCGCUGACCCAAGGCGGAGUUAUCAGUCGUCAUCAGUGUCAGAACUGAGGAAACUUAACUGCUACUGGCUGUAAUAUAUUCCCUUCAGUAAAACGUAUCCAAGUAGCUGCUAGGCUGAAGAAGAAAGACGGUUUUGUCUUCCUGGAAAUAGUCUGUUGUGGUCAGUAGUUCAUAAUUUGCUAUGUACUAUAUAAUGGUGUCCCUGUGGAAAUUGAGGACGAAAAAAAAUAAACAGGUUUGGCGAUCCGCGCCUUUUUUCAUACUCGAGUACCGUAGAGCCACCAUUAGUUGGAAAACUGCUGGGUAAAAGUGCUAAGUAGACUAUAGGGAACGCAAGUUGCCAUUAUUUAAGUGGGCUUGAGGGGGGUGGGGUGGGGGGACAUUUCGGACAAUUAUUUUUUAGCAGAACUUUUAAUGCCUCAACAUUUGGACAGCGUCUGCGUCGUGCUCAAUCUAUUUAACCUCAUACAAGCAGUGAAAUGCUGUUCUAAUACUGUUGGACUAUUUGCACGAGACUUUAACAGCCUCUGUCAGCCGCCUUUUUUUUUUUUUGUCAUGCUAGCAAAGUGCCAAGUGUGAAAAAGCAUCCAUUUCCAUCGGCUGAUUUGGAGAAGCCAAUGCGAUACUUUCCAUUGAAUUUGGUAAAUAGAGUAUUGAACAUUGUUUUUAGAUGGUUAUUUCGAGAUUUAAACAUUAUGUGCCUUCCAAUAUCAAAUAAUAACAAUAACAAAGGUGUGGCUGACAAGGGCACUUUAAGGUUUUUAAAGUUUUUCUUUUCAACGUAACACUUUUAAUGAGGUUUUGAUAAAAUGUUUAUUUAGUCAAGUAUUUAACACUAUGGCUUAGUUAGAUUUAAAACAAAGUAUCAAAUUGUUACAUUUCUUAAGGAGCGCCAGUAGAGGGCAGGGGAAAGACGUUAGCCUCCUCCACCGCUUUUGGUUUCGGGCCCCUCGUGCUUCCUAUGACAGAAGCUCGAAGAUAACAGUUCUUUAGGGAUCAUAUAGUUAUAUUUUUUAUUAAAUUUCCCACAAAGGGCAUUGUUAAUAGGAAACUAGUGAUAUGAUUUGAUUAUCAAAAUAGUUUUUAAGAGAUUGUGUUUUUUUUGCGCGGAGGCGAAGGUCGAAGUUUCAUUUUUUUUGUAAUCAAAUUCGAAAGAUUGUAUCACAGCUAAAUGUUCUAGUAGCGUAAAGCCUCUUUUGACCUGACUUGCUCGACUUGUGUUUGAAAUAUCUUAUAGUUUCGAAAAAUUACAAUGUUUUAUGAUUUAGCAAAAGAUUGAGCGAUUUUUAUUGUGGAUUGCAUUUGACAGUGGCUCAAUUCAUUUAGGUACUAAAAUGCACAUGACAAUUGCAUCAUUUUUUUGGCAACAAAGUUCCGUCACACACACGUGUGUUUUAUGUUUUUAGUUUAUUAUUAUUUUUUCGCUUUGUGUUCCUUAUUCGCCUUGUAUAGUUUGCGUUCUCACCGAGGUCAUAUUAUAUAUGUACAUAAGUAAAGUCUUUUGUGUCAGCUGAUGAAAUAUUUUUUUUACAUGACUGAAAAAUGUCAUUAAAACGCGAACGUUUGAUAACUAAA